AUGGCUACCAGCAAAAAUCAAUCGACUAAAAUAUCUAGUUCAUCAAAAUCUGUCGAGCAGUCUAUGAAUUCUAAUUUAGAAUCAUUUACAUGUUUAUGGCUAGAUCAAAAUGUGAAUUUAACACAAGAUAAUCUUCAAACACAGAAAGAACUUCGUCAAGUGAUCAAUCAUCUUCGAACAAUUGAUAAUAUCGAUGAAUGUGAACAAUACAUUCGAAACAUUACAAAAGAAAAAGUUGUUCUCAUUGUAUCAGGUUCAUUAGGUCGACAAAUCGUACCUCGACUCCAUGAUCUUCCACAGUUUUCUGCAUGUUAUGUCUUUUGUCAAGAUCAAAAAGCAAAUGAACAAUGGGCUAACAAAUAUCACAAAAUCAAUGGUGUUUUUGUUGAACGUGGUAAACUUGUUGCUAAAAUAUCG